UAGCUUCCGGUCCUUCCAUUUAUUCUUCCGACAGAAAGCAGCCUGUCAGCUAUUAGGAGUUUUGCGUUCCCGCGCCUGCCCACCUCGCUCCGGGCGGCAAAGAAUCCUGUGUUGGGGCGCAGCGCCGGGGCGCCCUCGCCGGCACCAUGGCUCGAAAUGCAGAAAAAGCCAUGACUGCCCUGGCAAGAUUCCGUCAAGCUCAGCUGGAAGAGGGAAAAGUCAAGGAACGAAGACCCUUCCUUGCUUCUGAAUGUACUGAGCUGCCCAAAGCUGAGAAAUGGAGACGACAGAUCAUUGGAGAGAUCUCAAAAAAAGUUGCCCAGAUCCAGAAUGCUGGGUUAGGGGAAUUUCGAAUUCGAGACCUGAAUGAUGAAAUUAACAAGCUGCUACGGGAGAAAGGACACUGGGAGGCCCGCAUCAAGGAGCUGGGUGGUCCUGAUUAUGGAAAAGUUGGCCCUAAGAUGCUGGAUCAUGAAGGUAAAGAAGUCCCAGGAAACCGAGGUUACAAGUACUUUGGGGCAGCAAAAGAUUUACCUGGUGUCAGAGAACUAUUUGAGAAAGAACCCCUUCCUCCUCCCAGAAAGACACGUGCAGAGCUUAUGAAGGCGAUCGAUUUUGAAUACUAUGGUUACCUGGAUGAAGAUGAUGGAGUUAUUGUGCCUUUGGAACAAGAGUAUGAAAAGAAACUCAGAGCUGAGCUGGUGGAAAAAUGGAAAGCAGAGAGAGAGGCUCGGCUGGCAAGGGGAGAAAAGGAAGAGGAGGAGGAGGAAGAGGAGAUAAACAUCUAUGCUGUCACCGAGGAGGAGUCGGAUGAGGAAGGCAGCCAGGAGAAGGCAGGGGAAGAUGGCCAGCAGAAGUUUAUUGCUCAUGUUCCGGUGCCAUCGCAGCAGGAGAUCGAGGAGGCUCUUGUACGGAGGAAGAAAAUGGAACUGCUCCAGAAAUACGCAAGUGAGACGCUGCAGGCGCAGAGUGAAGAAGCCAAGCGUCUCCUGGGGUACUAGGAUAAGCCAGAGCCCUUCCUAGACUCUGGAAGAUCUGGUGGGUGUGCUUGCGAGCCCAUGGGCGCGCUGUCCGCAUUGGCGCCCUGGGCUGUGCCUGGGCUGGCUGUGGCUGGGAGGCCCUGGGCCUUUCCCAUGGUGUAGGGCCCUGUCCCUGACUUCCCCGUAAGCUGUCAGGGCACAAAGACUGUAAACAUCCCCUUUGUACAGAUGUGUUUGCUACAUAUGGAUCCAUUUAUUUUUAUUUUGGAAUAUAUAAAGUCAGCUAUCUGAAAAUUUAUUGUCUUGUACUAUGAUUUUUGGAAGUGAAAAAGAUCAAUUGGUAGCCCACAUUAAAAAAACACAUGACUUUUUUUCAAAUCAUAUUCAAAUUCAAAGAUGUACCUUCCCUGGGAAACGGAUGGUGUGUCUUCCCUGAGACGGGACGCCGUGGGGAGCGGGGAACACCCGCUGUUCCAGGCGCUGCUUUACUUUGCCGUGACCCCGCUGUGAGAGCUGCUUCACCCUCUCCUGUCUUGUAGACAGGAACUUUGAGUUUGCAGCUUUACUUUUAUAACUUGUUUCAGAGAAAGCUACUUGUAUUAAAGGUUUUUAAUAAGAAAGGAAA